CACACAAUGGAUCAUACUCGCGACCCGUGUCCCUGGGUGGCAUUGAGUGACUUUGGAGGUGCUUUCGCCAUGGGUGCUGUGGGUGGUGCUUUAUGGCACGGCGUCAAAGGCUACCGAAACUCACCAUAUGGUGAACGACGCAUCGGUGCCCUCACGGCGAUUAAAGCCCGCGCUCCCGUUCUCGGCGGAAACUUCGGUGUCUGGGGCGGCCUCUUCAGCACAUUUGAUUGCGCUGUAAAAGGCAUACGGAAGAAGGAGGAUCCGUGGAAUGCCAUCAUCGCAGGUUUCUUCACCGGCGGAUCUCUGGCAAUAAGAGGAGGCUUCCGAGCAUCGCGCAAUGGAGCUAUUGGAUGCGCAAUACUACUCGCCGUUAUCGAAGGCGUGGGCAUCGGAUUCCAGAGGAUGAUGGCCGAAAAUACUCGGUUAGAGGCUCCGCCAAUGCCCCCACAGCAACAAGGU